AUGGGCGGGGAGGUCCUGUUAUCAGGUAACGAAGGUUUCACGGAGCAGCCGGAGGUCUUGGACAAAGGCCCAGCCGGCCCAGAUCGAGCGGCGUUCAUCGUCUCGAAGAUCACGCUUGGGUUAGACCUGAGCGAGGAGCAAAAGACGGCAAUCAGAGACCUCAUCGUCGAAUACAACGAUAUCUUCGCACUCGACAUGUCGGAUAUCAGGCCGUGCCCACACACCACUCAUUCGUUAAACAUCGACGGGGGACUACCCCUCGCGAAGAAGAACUUCGGAAGGCCUUUGACGCAGCCCGAACUUGAGGGUGCGAAAGCGCAAGUAGACGUACUCAUCAAAGCCGGAAUUAUCGAAUCGACGACGCCGGAAGAGGUUAAGUGCUGCUCACCUACGGUGAUGGCUACAAAG